AUGGCUUCAAGUGCAAGUCCUGCCAUGCACAUUGCAAUGGCCAACCCUUGCGCUAAUUCUUCUUCCACAGCCUCUAAGCCAGGCACUGCAAUGUUCAGAAGGGGAAGUAAAGGAGCAUCUUGGGCAGCGCUCACUAGCUCUUCCCAUAUUUCAUCAGCACAGCCAUUGCACCAGAGAUUCCAAUUCUCUUCUGUGAAAUUACAAAAAUUUGUUGCAAAAGCAAUGUCUAAAGCAAGCAACAGCAAGCCUCUGUCUGGCUUGCCAAUUGAUUUGAGAGGUCAGAUAUUUCCAUGUUCCCCUUUUCUUCAUAAUAACUCUUGUUAUCUUAACAAAUUCUGUUUCUGA